AUGACAGCUUUAAAGCGACUUCAACACCCUCAGAUGUACACCGUCGGGUGGAUCACCGCACUUGACAAGGAGCUCACUGCAGCACAGGCUGCACUUGAAGAAAGGCACCAGAAGCCGGAAAACUUCAGAAAGCACCCAAAAGACACAAACAGCUACGUUUGGGGUCGCAUCGGAGAUCACAAUGUUGUCAUCGCAUCGCUGGCCGCUGGAAAGUACGGCACCGUGUCCGCAGCGACGACCGCGUGGAGCAUGAUCAGCUCUCUUCCGCACCUUCGGUUCGGCCUCAUGGUCGGUAUUGGCGCCGGUAUUCCCAGGCUAGCAGACAACGUUGACAUCCGCCUCGGUGAUAUUGCCGUCAGUCAGCCAACUGGCACCAGCCCGGGAGUCGUGCAGUACGAUAUAGGGAAGCUGGAAGACGACGGCCAGUUCAAACGGGUCGGUUCUCUCGCCCCUCCGCCCGAGGUCCUUCUCAAAGGAUUGGCAGCACUGAAAGCCGAACAUAGACUCAAGGGACCUCGAGUACGCGACAUCCUGGACGAUAUGCUCCAGCGCCAUCCGCGACUAGCAGAAGAGUCAGAUGACGCUGCGUUCGUUCACCAAGGGGCACAAAACGACCGGCUGUUCGAAGCUUCCUCGGUACACGUUGAACGCCCGGACCCGCAAAGCACAACGAGAGCUUGUGAGCAUUGCGAUCCUAAGAAGGAAAUACGACGACGAGCACGCCGUUCUAUAGAUCCCGUAGUUCACUAUGGCGUUAUUGCUUCUGGCAACUCAGUUGUAAAGGAUGGCAUUUCCCGGGACGACAUUACACGGCGACUCGGGUGCAACAGCAUCUGCUUUGAGAUGGAGGCAGCUGGUCUGAUGGAUAAUUUUCCAUGCCUCGUAAUCCGAGGAAUCUGUGACUAUGCAGACACCCAUAAGAACGAUCGGUGGCAGAACUAUUCCGCAGCAACAGCCGCCGCAUUUGCAAAGGAGUUGCUAGAAGUCAUCGACAGCGAUGAUGUAGAGAGAGCCUCGAGAAUUGAUGAAGUCAUAGAACAGCAUUACUUACAUUACGUCGCAGUUCAUGAAGAUGUUUCUCAAAUCCGUUCAAUAACAAACGACAUGCAUCAAAGCCUCCAUUCUCGGGAAGUUAUGAGAUGGCUCUCGCCGCCGGACCCAUCAACAAACGACAACAAGGCCUUGCAACAACGCCAUGAAGGCACAGGCCAGUGGUUGCUAGACAGUGAAGAAUACUUGAAAUGGAAAACAACGCCAAACUCCUCUUUAUGGCUUUAUGGCAAUCCAGGCUGUGGAAAGACAAUCUUGAGUUCGAUCGUUAUCAAGGACCUUCGCACCCAAUCUUGCUCUCAAAGUCUCCUCUACUUUUACUUCGACUUCACUGACACCAGCAAGCAGUCGCUCGAGAAAGCGAUUCGGUCGCUUAUCGCUCAGUUGUACAGCCAAAGUGAGGAUGUCCAGACGCCGCUGGAUACACUUUGUUCUACUUACAAGGGCCACUCACGGCAGCCCAGUAUUGACGUGCUCAUAUCGACCUUCGAGUCAAUGGUUCAGAAGAUUGGCGAAGUAUGGAUCGUACUGGAUGCACUUGACGAAUGCCAGACGAGAACUGCCCCAAAGAACGAAGGUUUGCUGUGUUGGGUCCAAAGCAUUCUCAACUCAUCACAAGCCAACGUUCACCUUCUUCUCACGAGUCGCCCUGAUCACGAUAUCAAAACCGAAUUGGAGAAAUUUGUAAACGAUCAGAUCCUUCUCCAGAGCGACCUUGUCACGAAAGACAUACGUGUAUAUUAUAUGAUAGCUGUCUUGAUUUCUAUUGCUAAAUUGAACAGGUUUCGCUGGGUCUCAUGUCAACUCGAGGCGCUCGAAAAAUGCCCCGAUCCUCUUAGUCUUCGCAAAACGCUGCAAUCGUUACCAAGAACGCUAGAUGAGACAUACGCCCGAGUCCUAAGUAAGAUACCGCCCGAACACGAGCAGAAUGCGAAGCGGAUCCUACAGUUUCUUGCUUUUUCCGAACGACCACUCCGAAUCGAAGAAGCCGUCGAUUUAAUUGCCGUAGCCACUGAGAGCAAGCCAAGGUUUGAUGCAAAGAACAGAAUGCCAGAACCAAGCGAAAUAUCCCUCUACUGUCCAAGUUUAGUAGCCAUUGUCUCUCGAGGCGGUAAAGACGGAGGAAAGAAAGUCAAAGAGAUGCAGCUCGCGCAUUUCUCUGUCAAGGAGUACCUGAUAUCCGACCGUCUAGAGACAAAUGUCUCGGAAAGCUUUAGAGAGCCACUAGCCAGAGCCUCUAUCGUAGAAAUAUGCCUGGUAUACCUGCUAGAGUUAAAUCACAGCCUAUCUCUCUCCAACAUUAGGCAAUCAUAUCCGUUCGCGCAGUACGCUGCCCGUUACUGGAUGAAUCAUGCCAUCCAAACUGAGGGCAGCAAAAUACACCAUCUCAUCAAAGAGUUUUGCCUACACAAAGACUCCCCUAAAACUUGCUACCGACUUUACAGCCCAGACAGACCAUCGGAAAAAGAGCCAAAAAGUUUUCUGAGAGAAAAGACUCCCUUACUGUACUAUGUAUCAUAUGGAGGAAUUGUGUGCGCAGUUGAAGAAGUAUUAAAGAAUGGGGCGGACGUCAACGCUCAGGGCGGGAGGUACGGCAACGCUCUGCAAGCCGCUUCAGCAGAAGGCCACACAGACAUUGUCCACAUCCUUAUCAACAAGGGAGCAGACGUCAACGCCCAGGGCGGCAGGUAUGGCAACGCUCUACAAGCCGCUUCGCAGAGAGGCCACACAGACAUCGUCCACAUCCUCAUCAACAAGGGAGCGGAGGUGAACGCCCAGGGCGGCAGCUGGUAUAGGGACGCUCUUCGAGCCGCUUCAGCAGAAGGCCGCACAGACAUUGUACACAUCCUCAUUGACAAGGGAGCAGACAUCAACGCUCAGGGCGGGAGGUACGGCAACGCUCUGCAAGCCGCUUCACAAGGAGGCCACACAGACAUCGUCCACAUCCUCAUUGACAAGGGAGCAGACGUUAACGCCCAGGGCGGCAGCUGGUAUGGGAACGCUCUGCAAGCCGCUUCACAGGGAGGCCAUGCAGACAUCGUCCACAUCCUCAUCAACAAGGGAGCAGACGUUAACGCCCAGGACGGCAGCCGGUAUGGGAACGCUCUUCAAGCAGCUUCACAGGGAGGCCACACAGAUAUCGUCCACAUCCUUAUCGAGAACGGCGCCAAUGCCAGUGUCGCCAACAAAGACGGGCAGACGCCAAUAUACAUGGCAUCACAGAAUGGACAUAUCGAGGUGGUCAAGCUGCUUCUUAAUAAUGGGGCUGAUGCUAGUGUCGCAAACAAAGAUGGGCAGACGUCAAUACAUAUAGCAUCACAGAAUGGUUAUAUUGAGGUGGUCAAGCUGCUUCUCGACAAGGGGGCUGAUGUCACUGUUCCGGAUCACAAUGGAUGGACGCCGCUCAUUUGGGCAUCAAGCAACGGCCACCUCGAAGUCGUCAAGCUGCUUCUCGACAAGGGAGCCGACGUCACUGUUCUGGAUCACAAUGGAUGGACGCCGCUCGUUUGGGCAUCAAGCAACGGCCACCUCGAAGUUGUCAAGCUGCUUCUCGACAAAGGGGCUGAUGCUACUGUAGUGGACUAUUACAACAUAACCCCUCUUUCAGUGGCCUCUAGAGAAGGCCAUACAAGCAUUGCCAAGUUCUUGUUGUCGAGAUAA